AUGGUGAUAUCACAACCUAGUUUUCUAGGAAAGGCUGGCCAUGGACAUAAAAUAUCUAAGUGUGGCAAGAGACGCUGUGUUAUGUGUUCUUACAUCUCGCAUCAGGUUUCCACCUUUACGUCCCAUAGCAAUGGAGAGACAUAUAAUAUAAAAACUUUCAACCCAGACUUGCCUCUACAGUUCAGGGCGACUUCGGAGCGGAGCACCCUCUUUAUUAACCGGGUAUCCAGCUUUGUCCAUGGGGGGCGACUAAAAACGAAAGACGAAAUAAUGCUAGACUCCCCAGACUUCUCCCUGACAUGGUUUACCUACUUGCAGAUAGGUCACUUUAUCAACACCCACAAAUACAAACUGCAGCUGGUGAGGGACCCCUCCCCUUUUGAGUCUCUAUGUAUCCAAAGUAAUGUGGCUGGGCACUUGGUCUCCCUCAUCUAUACUCUACUUCUAAAGCUGAGAGACAGCCCCCUCCCAAACUACACAAGAGCAUGGCAUAAGGAGCUGGGCUCUGAGCUCUCUAAUGAGGAUUGGCAACGGAUUUUCCGAGCCGUAAAAACACUGUCGGUCUCUGCCCGUAUGCAGGAAUCACAUUAUAAAUUCUUGAGCCGAUGGUACCUUACGCCGUCUAGGCUUAAGACAAUCUACCCGAGAGCCUCUGAGAAAUGCUGGAGGGGGUGGGGUGGCACAGAUAAAAACACAAGUGAGACUAUGAAAAACCACACAGUAUUGGCAGAAUUCUAUCUAGAGACAUUUAAUUUAUCUACAAAAGGACAACUUGUGGUUUUCGUUGGGACUUUGCUUAUGUAUUUACUGGCUGUACUCGGAAACGUCACUAUUGUCACACUUGUAUCUCUGGUGUCCCAGCUGCAAACACCGAUGUAUUUAUUCCUGUGCAGUUUAUCAGUACAAGACAUCAUGUUCGUAUCUGCUAUUUUACCAAAGCUGUUGGCCAUCACUAUCACAGGUGACACCAGCAUAACGUUCUCAGGCUGCAUUACACAGAUAUUUCUAUUUGUAUUCUGCAUUGAUACAGAAUUUUUCCUGCUAACCUCCAUGGCUUAUGACCGCUAUGUGGCCAUUUGUAUCCCACUGCAUUAUCCUCUUAUUAUGAGCAAAACAGUGUGUGUUCUAUUGAUCACUGUAUGUUGGUUUGUUGGCCUACUGAAUGCAUCUGCUUACUUUUUGAUUUUGUCUAAUUUAACCUUCUGUAAAAAAGUAAUCAAUAAUUUCUUCUGUGAUGUAAUAAUAUUACUGAAGCUUUCUUGUAGUGACAUCACAUAUAUUAUUAAUUUGUUUAUACCAUUAGAAGGCACAAUAAUUGGUCUGUUACCAUUUAUACUUAUAAUGAUUUCCUAUAUCUAUAUCAUAGCCACCAUCCUAAAGAUCCGAUCAUCAUCUGGAAGACUGAAGACCUUCUCCAGCUGCUCCUCCCAUCUCACAGUUGUUGUACUCCUUUACGGAACUUCUAUUAGCUUGAAUAUGAAACCUAAGUCAGAAAAUUCUCUGGAAAUAGAUAAACUGCUCUCCAUGAUUUACACUGGCGUGGUUCCCAUGGUAAAUCCGCUGGUUUAUAGCCUGAGAAAUAAAGAUGUUUUAAAAGCUAUGAAAAAUAGUUUGAAAAAGAUUAAAUAA